UCAUUGAUCACGUGCUGCUGAUAAAGGGACACUGCUUUGAAUUAUACCGCUUAGCGACUUCAGUACAUGCCUCAUAGCAUGAGGCAUUAACGUGGUUAAGUCUCAAACUUAACCACGUUCCUGCUGAAGAACAGGAGGUCUGCUGGAUGGAGAAGGAAGCUCUCGUGAAAGAGGUUGAGGCUGUUACCGUGAAAGAAUAAGAGAAAGACGUCUCAGUUAAAGAAGAGGAAGACUCGUUCAGAAUGAAAGAGGGCGACGACGUUUCAGUGAAAGAAGUGGAGGGGGAGGUGACUGUCUCAUCGAACAAUGAAGAAGAGGAGCAAACUGGAUAUCUGGGCCCGGUUUCCCAAACGCAUCUUAAGGCGUCCGAUGGUUCUAACGAUGAACGGGCCCUGAUUAACACUAGAGAGAGACCUGACUAUCGUGGAUCCUCUGGGGGGCCUCAACAACCGCAUGUUGGUGACAGGGCAGAGAAGAGUCUCUCCAAAUCAAAACACCUCAAGAAACACCAGCAGAGACCCACAGGGAAGAAAUCUCAUUGCUGCUCUGACUGUGGGAAAGGUUGCAAAUCUUCUUCAGAUCUUAAAAUACACCAGAGAACACACACAGGAGAGAAACCUUAUAUGUGUGGUCAAUGUGGGAGGAGUUUUGUUCAAGCUAGCCAUCUGACUAAACACCAGAGAACACACACAGGAGAGAAACCUUAUAGCUGUGAUCAAUGUGGGAGGAGUUUUACUACAUCUAGCAUUCUGACAGUACACCAGAGAACACACACAGCAGAAAAACCGUAUAGCUGUGGUCAAUGUGGGAGGAGUUUUUCUACAUCUAGUGGUCUGACAUUACACCAGAGAAAACACACAGGAGAGAAACCUUAUAUGUGUGAUCAAUGUGGGAGGAGUUUUGUUCAAGCUAGCCAUCUGACUCAACACCAGAGAACACACACAGGAGAGAAACCUUAUAUGUGUGAUCAAUGUGGGAGGAGUUUUGUUCAAGCUAGCCAUCUGACUCAACACCAGAGAACACACACAGGAGAGAAGCCUUAUAGCUGUGAUCAAUGUGAGAAGAGUUUUCCUGUAUCUAGCCAGCUGACUUCACACCAGAGAACACACACAGGAGAGAAGCCUUAUAGCUGUGAACAAUGUGAGAAGAGUUUUCAUACAUCUAGCCAGCUGACUUCACACCAGAGAACACACACAGGAGAGAAGCCUUAUAGCUGUGAUCAAUGUGGGAGGAGUUUUACUACAUCUAGCCAGCUAACGUCACACCAGAGAACACACACAGGAGAGAAACCUUUUAGCUGUGAUCAAUGUGACAAGAGAUACUCUGAUAAAAGAUCUCUGAUCAAACAUCAGAAAAUACAUACAUGAAGAAGUUGUUUCAUGAUAUCACUGAAAUGUCACAAUGUAGGAUGUUUUAACAUUGUAGUAGGAGUGUUUUAAUGAUGUCACAAUGUAGAAUGUUUUAACAUUGUAGUAGGAGUGUUUUAAUGAUGUCACAAUGUAGAAUGUUUUAACAUUGUAGUAGGAGUAUUUUAAUGAUGUCACAAUGUGGAGUAUUUUAAUGAUGUCACAAUGUGGAAUGUUUUAACAUUGUAGUAGGAGUAUUUUAAUGAUGAUCUACCUUAUCGUUUGCCUUGUUCAAUUGAUUGCAGCAUGAUAUGGAUAUUAACCUCCGGGGGAAAUCCAGGCUCUGAAUUGAAAGAGUAUUAUUAAACAAAAAGUGACUAACAAAAAAAAAAGAGCUGUGUUACACUUACUGUGUUGGUGACCCACUUCAAUCUACAUGCAGCACUUCAAAAUGUAGUGAGCUGUUUUCUUCAAGUGGAAGAAAAAUGCAUGUAAUAUGAUAAUUGUUGCAGAUGUGUGUGUAUAUAUAUAUAUAUACACACACACACACACAUGAAAACAGUAUAAUAAAUUGGUCUAUAAUCAAUUUUAUUAACAA